CAGGUUGCUACUAGUACAACCCUUUAUUCGUCUUGACAAUUACCUCAUUAUUAGAUAUCUUUAUCUUUAUCUAGAAGCCGUUGGUAUGAUCGUUACAAGACAGUCUUUGCUUGUUUUGGCUGUCUUUCUUUAAAGGGCCCUGGACAACAAAGGCAUUCUUCCCUUUGAGGGAUGCUAAUUAGUAUAUAAAGCGCAUCCAGAGCCCGGCAAUCUGAGGUCUACUAUUCUCCUGAGGUGUAAGACCCAUUUAUUAAAUAAAAACAAUCUGCCUUCUCCGCUAGAAAACGUCUCGAUCGAAUCUCUAUAUUCAAAUUCGAUGCUAUCAUGUGUAUACAGUACGUCUCCCGGUACCCAUGCGGGCACAUCAAGUCGCGAUGGGAUAUUUGCAACAAAUCAAAGGCUGUGAAUAUACUAUGGCCUGGAAAACACGAGCUUUCCUGCGACAAGAGCGUGAGGAUGUACGAGAACCCCGAUCUACAAGACUCUUGCGGAUCGACUUGCCUCACCAAACCGUACAAGUGCAACAAGUGCGGCAGUUCAAGGAAGCAACUUGCCUGGCGCUGUGCAGACUGUAACACGCUCCGCGACAGCGAGGUUCAAGUGUGGGAGCCGUGCCGCUGCCCAAAGCACCGUUGUGCUAAGGCAGCACUCGGUGCAUCAUUCUGUAACCACUGCAUGGAAGCGUGUGUUCCGAGGGGCCCCGUUAUGAAGUGGUUAUGCCACCGUUGCGGUUCUCCUGCCCGGACGCACGCUGGCGAAAUGGAGUGCCAAAAGUGUCUUCAUUCUCGUUGCGGUAAGUGCAAAUCCCUCGCCAUGUAAGAGCUCUGAUGUGGGUAUGUAGACUUGGUAUGGUCAUCAAUAGAUUGGCUGGCUAUGUUCUGGAACAUAGGCAAAAUUUCAACAAAUUGCUAGCUUCAAGAUUUCGUGUACGUGUGUGAUUUUUAUUUCUUGACAAAUCCCUAGCCGUAGCUAUGGACUCUUACAUCUACAGAGUAGAGGACGACAUUAAGAGGCCCGUUUUCCUCCCCUCUCCUCGGGACUAUGACUUCUUCCUUCUAGCCCUUUCCCCUUUACUCCCGCU